ACUUAUGUAAAGAUCCUACGAGUAGCAUGUCGUCGAAGAAAGAUAAGUGCAUUGAUUGUACUUGCGAGUUUGAUUCCCAAGUCAUGUCUCCCAAUAAAAUUGAAAUAAUAAACGAACAAUCAUAUUCGGUUGAAAAUUUUGAAAGUAUGAGUAUGGAAAUUGGUUCGAAGAAGGAUGUUGGUACAUCCACGUAUUCAAUUUCUGUAUUCAGCCAAAUUACUUCUACGUUACAAAUAAAAUCAACGAAAAGUCAAAAGUUAUCUUGUUCGACUCAAUGCGAUAUCGGGCCUGAGUGCAAAUUGUCUUUCAAUACUGGAAGUCAAGCAACAUCUGUAUCUGAUACGCAGAAAAGAAUAAAGAAACGGGAUCAUAAUAAUUCGGAAGAGUUUUGCCCGUGCAAAUGCGGAUACUUUUUAGAAGGCGAAUCUACUUGUUCCUGUGAAUGUAUACGAUAUUCGAAUUCACCGUGUAUAGCUCCAAAUGAUUUAAAAAAAGUUAAAAAAAAGACGAAGCGUACAAUUAGUCCCACAAGUGCUCUUAAAAUACCAGACCAGAAGAGCUCUGAAUCAAAUGAGCCUACAGAAUCGGAUAAGAAUAAUUACGAAAUCAAUUGUCAAUUUUGUAGUUGCAGUGAAUACUCAAGUGUAAACAUUCCGAUAGAUCCAAUAGUGAAACGAAUGAAUAACAUAAUUGAUGGUCAAGAUACGAUAUCCGAUUCACAGGGAAAAUGUGAGAGCAAUUGCAAACAUUCAAAGGAUAAUAAGCAAUUUGAUUUGGAAGAAGAAGCGCGAAAAUUGCAACAGAAAAUCGAAUCUUAUAAAAAAGAGAACGAAUAUUUUCGUGAAUUAAUACAAGCUUGUAGUAGCUGUCAGAAGAACACAGAAAUAUUGUCCUGUCUUCCACCAAUUAGGGCAACGUAUUCCGGACUCGCAACUGCAGUCGAGAUCUUACAAAGUAAGUGCCGAAGCAAAGACAGCAUGAUAGCCAUUUUAGCAGAAGGAUUACGUGGUGUUGUCAAUUAUGCUCAAAUAGCCAAAAAUUUAGCCGCACCCUGUCUCGAAUAUACAUAUUGGGAUUUUGAUCGGUCUGCUCUCUAUACGUAUUUGCGUAAAACCAUGAGCAGACUUUCUGUGGAAAAAAGAAUAAAUUCGACAUUAUCGUCAAGUGAAACGGUGAAAGAAGACGACAAAACUUAUCUUGAUUCGUCUUGCGACGACACUAUACCACCAUCACCGACAGAUUUCAAAGUCGUACAAGAAUUCUGCAAAUGUCUUUUACUCUCGUGGAAGAUACCCGAAAAUCUUGAAAAUGUUGCUGGUUAUCGGAUUUACGUUAAUGGAAAUUCGGCGAUCAACGUGAGAUCUCCAACAAGAACGGAAACCAUUUUAGGAUUUAUGGAUUCCACGAAAUCCACGGAAUUAAAGUUGCAUAGCUUUAAUAAAAAUGCUAUAUUAUCCGAUCCAGUCACGAUAACUUAUUCCUCCAACAAUGUGAAUAACGAUAGCAAUCAUUGACCUUCAAGAUUGACUUUCAGUUUUCCUACUGAUACGAUUAGCUUUCCAUAUCGUGGAAAAGAAACAGAAUGUAUACAUUCGAUGUCCACUUAUCCUUUUAUGUUUCCAAACUAAUUCACCUUACCAAGUUAAAAUAUAUUUAUACGCACAUA